AUUGGCAUUACUGGCCGCUCAACUCGCGGAAUAUGCACAAGAGUCACAUCACGGUAAUAGUGGCGUGGAUACAGGUCAGCAACUUCCUCCGUCAUCGGACACUGCCAUGCCUGUGGAUGACGAGGACGAUGAUGAAGACAUGGAUGAGGUUAUAAUUCCGUAAUAUUAUUCGCGCACCACUUUUUCAUCUACUGAGUAACUGUAUCGAUUAGAUCAAUUCCGGAGCUUUUUGUGCAUAACGUGUGAUACAUCUUGACACUCCACCACAGCUUUGUCAACUUCGUCAUGACCGAAGAGUCGACGCAAUCAGCCAAUGCCGAGUUUGCGGCCUUCCACAAUCGGCUACAAGAGUUGGAAGAUAUGCUCCCGGGACAUAUUCAACAAUGCAAAGAGCAUGUAAAGUUCAUAGAUUCUCCUAAAGAGGAAUGCAAUUGGCAUGCCAAGGACAAGGACGAGAAGAUGAAGGAGUUUAAAGAAACUUUGACCACCGUUUCGAAGGUAGUCGAAACGGCCCAAGACGAACAUAGAAAUCGAAAGGUUCUGUGCAAGAGCGACACCGAAGCUGUUCUGCAAGAAAUACAUGCUAUGCAUGAGGUGCAAAUAAAAACUCUUAACGUCUAUUCGGGAUGGCAAGUUUUCGAUUUAACUGUGAAUAUUGGCCCAGGCCUACUUAUUUCGAAACCAAUUUCGUAGAGCAUCGACGUAUGCUUAGGAAUAUAUAACGGCGGGCCAUACUCUGUCCGUGGUAGUCAAAGUCUAUUUCGCGAUCAAACAGAAGACGGGAC